UUCUCAAGAUGUGGAAUCGACAAGCACCACCAACAACCGAUUAACAAUGAUUCAAAGCAACAACAACAAUAGUCUAGUUCAAAAUUCUUGUGAUUCUAAAAUUGAAUGUUCAUCGUCAUCAUUAUCUUCAAAUCAACCAUCACAUCAACAAUCGAUAACAUGUUUUCAAAAUGUUGUUCUUGAUGAUGCAAUGAUGCCCAUUGAUGAUGAUCAUCAUCGUCAGCUAUCGGACAAAUGUGAUGGUGACCAUACGAUUGAACCGUUAGAGCCCACAUUGGCUAGUUUUCUACCUUCUCCACCCUCUUCAUCACAGUCAUUAUUGGGUGGUUUUGACAUUAAUAUUGGAACCAUAAGUACCAAUGUUUCAAACAGUCAUGAGGCAUCAACCAUAAUCGCACAGAAAAAAGAAGAGGAAAAACUAGCACUUGAGAAACAAGAAUCAGAAAAACAAAAAUCCAUUUGCAAUGAUCUCCUAAGUAAGCAGCAAAAUAUGCGCAAAUUCAACGCUGAUAUGAAACAUCGAAUUCGUCGAUUACAGUUACAAUAUACCCAUAAAAAUUUAUCAAAACAAAUGAAGCUGUUUGUUGCCGAAAAUCAACGACUUAACGGGGUCCAUUGUCAACGAUUUGAAUUGGAUUUCUCCAAUUUCAUGAAUCUUGAUUAUGGCAUGACCGGACCAACAACAAUGGCGGGAGUUUUAUCUUCGGAUUGUCAUCAUCACCAUCAAUCUCCAUUCAUGAUUUCACAGAAUGAGCUAAAAAUGAGAUCAGAUCAUUCACUAAUACAACCUUCCAAAUCAGACAUAAAACUAACUUGUGGUAAUCAAAAUUUUUCAGAUUCAUCGCUUUUUCAGCCAUCAAUCAAUAAUAAGCAAGCCAACCGAUUGCAAUCUGACCUCAUCCUUUCCAAUCAGGCAUCAAAUAUUGAUGUUCAACAACAGCAAAUUCAUUUCCAGCCUAAAGAAUCUUCUUCGUCUAAAUCGAGAUCUCCGAGACUGCUUAGAGAGAAUCGAGAAAAAUUGUUGACGACAAUCGAUUCUUGGCGUUACAAUCUUCGGCAUUUGGAAUCUAAGUAUGAUUCGGAUGCAACCGAAAGUAGUUCUGGAGGAGAAAGCUGUGAUGAAUCGGAAUCAUUCGAUGAUAUUUUUAUCGAUAAAUCGAUGACCGGAAGUUCUACUUAUUCAACUACGUCGAUUCCACCAUCGCCUCAUUCUUCACUUGCGUGGCCGACAAUUUCUCACCAAUCUGCUGCUAUUGCAAAGCAUCAAACUUCAGUGCGGAAUCGUUUGAAUUGGAAAUGGUACAAUGAACGUAGUCAAAUAGCAUCACAAUGGUCUUCGCUGCAAGCACAUAUAUUUGAUUUGGAAAUCAAAUUGCGACAGCAGACAGAUCUGUUUCGUCAUAUUCGAACCACGAAAGGUACAAUUAAUUUCGGUGACAAUGAAGUGGUUCAAAGGCAACUGCCAUUGCCUACGAUCACAGUUGUCAAUCAUCAAUCAAGUCACCAGAAACAAGAUGGGCUGCAGCAUCCACAUUCUCACCAUCAUCAGCAGGGUUCAUCAUCAUCAUCAUCUAUUUCGGGAAACAACUCUUCAUCAUCCUCAACAUUGACAGCAUCAAAAACAUCUAUGAAUCAAAUUGGAUCAGAAAGUCAGAAGCUUGAAGAUCAGACAAUAGAGCCUCAACAAACCAAUUCAGAACCUGAGCAUUGUAUGCGAACAAUGCCAUUUAUAAGUAUGAAACGGCGGAAGUUAAUAUGGGCGGAACCGACUUUGUCAACAGCAUCGACAAAAAAGGCAGUCAAAUAUUCAUCAAUUCAAUGUUCAUGCAAUAUUUAUCCAUCUCAUGUAGCUGCUUGUGUUAUCUGUAAUGGCCGAUAUAGUUUUAUGCAAAGUAUCGAUACGGAAUUGAUGCCAUAUCAAAAAAGAGUAUCGUUACUCGAUCCAUCUUGUCACCCGACUCUUUGUUUACCUAAUGAUAUUCCUCUUGAACUUCAAUUUGCAAAUUAUUUAAAACGUGAAAUAUUUGAUAUCAACAAAACAACAUCUACGACUAGGAGUAAAAAGAAAAAGACAUCUGCUGCAUCUAAUGAACAACGAUUGGAAAAAUCGGGUAAAAAAUUGUCAUUGAAUUCAUCGUUAUUAAAAUCUAAAAAACAACAAUUGAAGAUUAGUAAAAACAAGAAGCGACGGUUAAGCACAGAUUCGGUUAAACGUUCCCAUCAACGUGAUCGCUUAUCUAGCGGAUGUAGUUCACGCGCUGAGUCACCUGUUCCUUCGCCAUCACCAUCAGAUGCAAGUGUCGGUUCAGUAUCCACACCAACAAAUAUAUCUCAUUCAUCAUUAAUGGCGCCAUUGAAUCGUCGACGCCGCAGUGAACAACAUGCUUUCGACAUUAACAACAUUGUUAUACCAUAUAGUAUUGCUGCUACCACUCGAGUUGAACGGUUACAAUACAAAGAGAUUGUGACACCAAAAUGGCGUUUGAUCGAAGAGUAUUCCUUACAAAAACCGGAAAGUGUUAACGUUCCCGAACAAGGAAACAAAAAUGUUAAUAAUGGACAGACAAACAACAAUCCGCUAGUCGAUGAAGAUGUUUCUGAUACAGCGUUCCAAAUUCGACAUUUGAAGUGUGAACAAACCGAGCGUCAACGAAUACUCAAUUACUAUGGUAAAAAUCAAAAGAAUCAAACAAUCCGAAACAAAGGUCCGCAACGUGUACGAUUCGAAUCCAGCAGUAAAUCUGAUUCGUUAGACCAGACAAGCCAAGAUUCUUUUAACAACAAUACAACUACACAUAGCAAAAGUAAAUAUAAAUCAAAAUCAUCUGCUCUGUAUAAUAAUGAAUAUAGUGAUUCAUCAUCAUCAACUCGUAAACGUCAGACAUCGUUGUCUAAAAAUACAAGUCGAGAUGAAGUUUCAUUAAUGGAAUAUUGGACCGAACAACAAGAAACGGUUUCGCCAUAUGAACCAAGAAAGUUUCCCCUUCCAGAUUGGCUGUAUGAAAAGAUGGUCGAAGAAACUAAUAAACAACAAAAGGAGAUGGAAGAACAACUACAACGUUCAUCACGUUCGUCAGCAAAAAUGGAUGUUGAUUAUGAUGAUUCUCUGGAUGCUGAUGAUGAUAAAGUUUCGCCUCCAACUAUUGAAGAUGAUGACGAUGAUGCUGAUGAAGAAAUCGACGAAGAGGAAUUAAAUAAUGACGACGAUGAUGAUGAUGACGACAAUGAUGUCGAUGAUGAAGAAGAUAAUGACGAAUUGAUCACUCGUACGCCCACUAAAAUGUCGCACCAAAAUAAGCGAGGACCUGGUCGUAAUAGUUCAAGUGUUGGUGGUACCAUUAGUCAUCAUCAUAGCAGUGACCUUAUGGCUAGUGAAGAUGAUCCAGAAUGGAAACCGCCGCCAAAACUUAGCUAAUAUCUUCCCUUAUUUUUUGCUAGCUUUCGUUUCUGAAACGAUUUUUCCCAUACCAACACAUCAUGUAGAUAAUCAACUUCACAAAUAUAUUAUUCAGAUUUAUUGAAAAAAUAAUUCUCAUCAUCGCCCUUUACAUUUCCACUUGCGACCUUUUUGGUCAUUUUGACCAUCAUUGCCAAGGUGAAUGCAAAGAUUAUGUGUAACAUAAAUACAUAGAUACAUUUUCGCUUAGUUCUUUUUUUCGAUUCCUUUCCGUUCUCAUUUCUGUAUUAGUUUUUUCAUAUGUGUAUGAUCUUGAUAUUUGCAUUUUUUUGUAUAGAUUUAAUUUUUUUAAAACGGAAAAACUCUAAGCGAAAAAAUACCCCACUACCCCUACACACAAAAUAUCAUUUGAACGACUUGUCAUACGGUAUAUACCACACCAAUUUUAAAUCAUGUGGAAUUAUUAUAUUUGUUAAAGUUUUUCUUAUAAAAAUGAAAAAA